GCACGGUGACCUUGAAGUCUUUAACUUUCUACCGUCUGCAAUAAAAUAAAAACCCCCAGGAUUGCCGCGCCUCCUCUACUUACCAGUUAAACCUCGGCACGUCGCCGGAUUUGACCAGAACCACCGCUACCAUGGGGGUACCAGCGUUCUACAGGUGGCUAGCGGAUCGGUACCCACUGUCAAUUGCCGACGUGAUCGAGGAGGAACCGCGAGAAGAUGAGGGCGGGAACAUGAUACCAGUCAACGUCUCCAAACCUAACCCCAACGGUUUCGAAUUCGAUAACUUGUAUCUCGACAUGAAUGGGAUUAUUCACCCUUGUUUCCACCCUGAGGGAAAGCCUGCUCCUGCCACCUAUGAUGAUGUAUUUAAAUCAAUAUUUGACUACAUUGACCAUCUCUUCUCAUUGGUUCGUCCAAGGAAGCUUCUUUACAUGGCAAUUGAUGGUGUUGCACCCAGAGCUAAAAUGAAUCAGCAGCGCUCUCGGCGCUAUAGAGCUGCAAAGGAUGCUGCUGAGGCUGAAGCUGAAGAGGAAAGAUUGAGAAAAGAGUUUGAGGUCGAGCGGGAAAACUUGCCCCUUAAGGAAAAGCCUGAAACAUGUGAUUCAAAUGUCAUCACGCCUGGCACUAAAUUUAUGGAAGUGCUAUCAUUAGCCCUUCAGUAUUACAUACAAACUAGGUUGAACCGCAAUCCUGGUUGGCAGAAUAUGAAGGUUAUUCUUUCUGAUGCAAAUUUUCCUGGUGAGGGAGAACACAAGAUCAUGUCAUUCAUUCGGUUGCAACGUAACCUUUCUGGUUUCAAUCCAAACACUCGACACUGUCUAUAUAGUCUGGAUGCAGAUUUGAUCAUGUUGUCUUUAGCUACACAUGAGGUUCACUUUUCUAUAUUAAGAGAGUUAAUCACUCUUCCUGGGCAUCAAGAAAAAUGUUUUCUUUGUGGCCAAGUUGGGCAUUUUGCAGCAGAGUGCCAUGGGAAGCCAGAUGAUAAAACUGAAGACUGCAAUGUUGUAGAUAAUACUCCAAUUCACAAGAAGAAAUAUCAGUUCCUAAACAUAUGGGUGUUGCGAGAAUAUUUGCAAUAUGAUUUGGAGAUCCCUAAUCCUCCAUUUGAGAUUAACUUUGAACGGAUAGUAGAUGAUUUUGUUUUCCUAUGUUUCUUUGUUGGCAACGACUUCCUACCGCAUUUGCCAACUUUGGAAAUCAGGGAGGGUGCCAUAAGUCUACUAAUGCAUAUUUACAGAAGGGAAUUCACUGCCAUGGGUGGUUAUCUCACUCAUGCGGGUGAGGUAUUGUUGCAUAGAGUAGAGCAUUUCAUCCAGUCUGUUGCUGUUUAUGAAGAUCAAAUCUUUCAGAAGAGGACUCGCAUAAAGCAGGCAAUUGAGAAUAAUGAGCGGACGAAAUUUAAACCAAAGACAGAGUCAUCUGAAGAGCCACAAGCACCUAUCCAAGACAAGAUUAAACUAGGGGAGCCAGGAUACAAAGAAAGGUAUUAUGCUGAGAAAUUUGACUUGUCAAAUCCAGAUGACAUUGAUAAAGUUAAAAAAGAUGUUGUUUUGAAAUAUGUUGAAGGUUUAUGCUGGGUCUGCCACUAUUAUUACAAGGAUGUUCGCUCUUGGCAAUGGUUUUAUCCCUAUCACUAUGCUCCAUUUGCUUCGGAUCUCAAAGACCUAGCUGAUUUGGAAAUAACCUUUUUCUUGGGCGAGGCUUUUAAACCCUUUGACCAGCUCAUGGGAACAUUGCCUGCUGCAAGUUCUCAUGCUUUGCCAAAAGAGUAUAGAAACUUAAUGACUGAUCCUUCAUCACCUAUCUAUAAGUUCUAUCCCUCUGACUUUGAGAUUGACAUGAAUGGUAAACGUUUUGCAUGGCAGGGGGUUGCUAAAUUGCCAUUUAUUGAUGAGAGGAAGUUACUUGCUGCAACAUGGAAGCUUGAAGCCAAUUUAACGGCAGAAGAGCAGGUUCGCAAUAGUGUGAUGCUUGAUCUGUUAUAUGUCCAUCCUCUUCACCCAUUGGCUCAUCAAAUCAAUUUUUACUACCAAUCUUGCUGUUGUUUACCACAAGCUGAAAGAAAUGCCUCACCAAUCAACACAACUGCAAGUGGUGGAAUGAAUGGAUAUCUUUGGAUAUCUGAAAGGAAUGGUUGGCUAAGUGUAGUGCCUUCCCCUGUUAAGGGACUGCCAAAUAUUGAAUACAACCAAGUUUUAAACAUUACAUACCUCAAUCCCGCACGUCAUAGACACAUCCCAGAACCACCACCAGCUGUAGUUAUGCCCAAAAAGGUCCUCACUCCAUUAGACAUUAAACCAUUUCCUGUCUUGUGGCAUGAAGAUAAUGGUGGGAGGCACCAUCAAGUCAGAGACAGGCCACAAGUACCUGGGGCCAUAGCUGGCCCUCAACUCGGUGAAGCAGCUCAUCGUCUUGUCAGGAAUACACUUAAUAUCAAAUCUAAUGGUCCAUCCUCUGGUUUUUUGGAGCAUCAAUCAUAUCAUAAUAAUAUCCCAAGCAACUACAUCAGCGGUAGACCAAGACCAGCUGGACCAGCAGGUUAUGAGAGGGGCUUUAUUAAUGAACGAAAUUAUUAUAAUGGACAUCACAGCAAUGAACAAGGGAUAAUGGGCAAUCCUAGAUAUCUGUUCUCAUCAAAUGGCUCUAAAGGCAGCAGAAACAACCAUAGGGGACAUGAUAGACCAUAUCAAGAACAUUAUCAUGAUUCAAGAACAGGUAUGUCUGCUUUAACACUUGACAGUAGCAUCAAUGGUAGAGCACCUGCGGAGAUGUCUUCAAGGAUGCCAAAUGCCAGAUCCUCACAAUAUCUAGAGCACCAGGUUGUGCAGGGCAUGGGCCCACUUCCAUCACCACUUACCAAGUGGAUCAGUAGAACAGGUAGUGGAAAUGCUGGAGUUGACUUCAAACAAGAAACCAUGUAUGGUGGAGCUUAUAAGAAGCAGGUCAAAAAGGUUUAUCAGGUCAAGACACGGGUUCCACAGGAAGUUACUGAUUCUGAAAAACAGCAGUGAUUAUGCAGACGGUUGGUGUUGCUAUUUUUUCAGUCAAGGCAGCUCCCUCCAACAGUAAUGGGUAACUUUGUUUUAGGUUAUUAAACUUUCAUAAGAUCCCAUAUACCAUAGGUUAUUUGAAGCUUAGAAUGUUAGGUUUUUUGUCAAUUAAUUAGAAAUUUGUUUUAGGUUUCAUAAACAUAUAUUUACUUGUGCAUUGUGUCACAACAUAGAAGGGAGGUCAACUAUCAGUUUAUAGAAUCAGAAGGAAAUUGACUGGUGUGAAAUUGUAAUUUCAUAUGGUUCUGGUGAUAAGCUUUUGAAGGCAAAAAAUCACAUGGUAAGUUAUAAUCAUGUCAAAGUUGGCACUAAGGAUGGGGUAGCAUCGCUUACAUGGUCUGUAUCACUGUAUGGUAUGUAACUAGGAUUAAACUUGAGAUGUUGGGAAAAGUUACCAGAACUCAGAUAUUGCAACGUCUCAUAGGAGAUGCAAGGUUGGAAUCAUUGCCUGUUUUCAAGUAGGCUGCAAAUUCUUUUGUUUUGUUCACAACUUGUGCAAUUGUGAUGUUUGUAGCUGUACAUGGGGAUAUCACUCUUUAUAUACAGGUUUUCCUUUGCCAGGAAUCAGCAAAGGCAUUACGUCUGAAUUGAUGUAAUUCGAUUGUUGUUCAUUGUAAAGUUUAACAUGCUCUAAAUAGCAGAUACAAAUCAAUCAUGUCAACUCUUUGAUUUAGUAGAUUAAUUGAGAAGAGAACUUUUAUUUAGAAAACCAAAUUAAAUUUGAAGGUUCUUC